UAUGUAACUUCGUCUAAUAAGUCAUCUUUUGUUUUCUUUGGUGAUAAAAUGGCGACUUAAUUUGUUUAACAUGGAUAAAAUACGAUAAUCAUAGAUAAAAAAAAGACCUUUAUUGAUCUUUGUGUAAUAAAUAUGUUUUGAAAAAAAAGGAUAAUAAGUCUACAAUGAAAGGAACGAAGGUUAAAUCAAAAGAAAAGAAGUCUGUUUCUGAAAGUUUGAAGCCAUCUGAAGAUGACACCAUGAACGAAGAUGAAGGACAGGAAUGGCUGUAUGAUUUAUUGACAGAGGUCCAGUUGAACCAGUUCUAUACCAAACUAAGAGAUGACUUACAAGUCACCAGACUUGGUCAUUUUGACUAUGUCAAGACAGAAGACUUGGAGAAGAUUGGUUUGGGUAAACCUGCCAUCAGGAGGCUGAUAGAUGCUGUCAAGAAAAAAAAAGCUACAAGAAGAUCAAGAUUGUUUGACAAAAUUCUUCCUGGAGGAAAAACAGCUACAGAUAAAUCUGAUGGAAAGAAAGUUAAUUCUCCUGUUGCUAAGGGUAACCAAGACCAAGUGUUGACAUGUCUGAUCAGUGAGAAAUCAUUGUUUCUCCAAGAAAAACUCGGCAAUGGUUCUUUUGGAGUUGUCCGUAAGGCAGAAUGGACCACACUUACAGGAAAAAAGAUAGUAGCUGUGAAAAUUUUAAGAAAAGAUGUGCUGGCCCUUCCAGGUGCUUUUGAAGACUUUGUAAAGGAAGUAAAUGCCAUGCAUACAUUAUCUCAUCCAAACUUGAUAAGACUGUAUGGGAUUGUGUUAUCAACUCCUCUCAUGAUGGUAACAGAGUUAGCUCCCCUUGGCUCUAUGUUAGAGAGACUACACAAGGAACAGGAGAAGAUAUUGUUAUCCAGUCUUUGUGAUUACGCUAUACAGAUAGCGACGGGAAUGAGUUAUCUAGAAUCCAAACGUUUUAUUCACAGAGAUCUGGCUUGCAGGAAUGUUUUAUUAUCCCCUCCAGAUAAGGUGAAAAUAGGAGAUUUUGGAUUAAUGAGAGCUUUACCAAACCAAGAGGACCAUUAUGUUAUGUCUGAUCAGAAGAAGAUUCCAUUUGCAUGGUGUGCUCCUGAAAGUUUAAAGAUCCGUGUGUUUUCUCACGCCAGUGAUACCUGGAUGUUUGGUGUUACUUUGUGGGAGAUGUUUACAUAUGGUGCAGAGCCGUGGAUGGGAUACAAUGGUUCUCAGAUCCUUCAUAUGAUUGAUGUAGAAGGGAAGCGACUCCAGCGACCUAACCAUUGUCCAAAUGAUAUUUACCAGUUGAUGUUACAAUGUUGGUCAUACAAGCCACAAGACAGACCCACUUUUCCUGCUCUUAAAGAUUUUCUCUGUGAGGUCAGACCACAAGAUGUGAAAGUUGUGCAGUCUUUUAGUGAAGAAGGAAAACUGAAAGUAGAUGAGGGAGAUUAUAUCACUAUUCUAGAUGGCAGGCCAGACUGUUAUUGGUGGAAAGGACAAAACAAGCGAUCACUUGAAGUUGGCAUGUUUCCAAGACAGUGUGUUGAUCCACAGAGAAAAUUAGCUCAGACAGAUAUUAGUAAACCACUAAAGAACAGUUUUAUACAUACUGGUCAUGGUGAUCCUGGAGGAAAGUCAUGGGGAAGUCCUACAGAGAUUGAUGAAGUUUACUUGAGGAACCCUAUGGAGCCUCCAGAUCUUCAUGGUCCAGCUGAAAACCUAAAACCAACCCAUCUUCCUGACAGAAAUAAAAAAUCUUUUACCAUCAACUCAUCCAAGUUAUUUAAUUAUUCAAAGCUGGUGAAUGACGGUGAUGAUAGUCCAGUCAAAAGAAAAUCUUCUCAUCAUAGAGCGACGGCUAUUGUGGCGGCAACAAGCAUUCCUAACCCUUCCAAUGCUCAAUCAACAAAGCAUCCAAUUGAUGACCAACCAUUGAUAGACUUGAGUGAGGAUAGUGAAAAAAUUGAUACGACAUUAUCAAAACAGGAGGCGCCAAGCUCUUUGUGUCUGCUAGAUUCAUUAAUAAAUUCAAAUCCUUCUCAUUAUGGAAAUCUAGAACUUCAAAAACCAUUGUUAGACAAUAAAAAUGAUCCAUUUGAUAUUACUUCCCCUUAUCGUAGCUCUUAUUCAGUGGGAUAUCCUGUUCCUAGGCAACAGUCUGACAGCCCAUCAAAACAAAGACAACCAAUUGUUUACAGCCGUAAUCAUUCUCAAGAUGAUAAAACAAAAAAGACUGUUAAUGUUGAUUCUUCAACAGCGUCACCUGGUGAUGUGCUGCCACCUAUACCGCCAAGGGGAGUAAAACUAUUACCUCCAACGUCAACUCAUUUAACAGACAAAGGUCAAUCAUAUUAUUCAUUACCACCUAAUGAGGAUUCAGAUCACUUGUAUAAAAACACGUCCAAUCAGUCACUUCAUUCCUCAACAGUCCAUGUGGUUAAGCCACACCCCUCAUACGAGACUUCAUCAUUAGAACGUGAUCAAGUGCAACAGACUUCUCUCUACCAGAAAAAAUCAGACAAGGCUUUUGAUUGGAUAAGUGAUGCUAUUAGCAAUUUUUCAGUUUCAAAGGACGAAAACAAAAGUCCUUGUCCGCUUUAUGACCAAGUGCCUGAUGAGAGUCAGAAUAAUUGGGGAUUUAAUGAUAAAAAUUAUAUAAAACCGCCAUUAUAUGAUGAAGUUCCAAUUGAGGAACAGAUUCAACCAAAAAUGAACAAAAAUGUUUCUGCUGUUCAAAAUGUUGAUGAUGACAAUAUUAGUUGGGAUUCAUUUGACUCUGAUUUUGACGAUGAUGAGGUUGAUACUGGCAUGGCGGCAUCAGCACCGUUGCCAAUACCAACAGACCCUGAUGCCCCACCUCUUCCUCCCAGAGAUUAUUUAUCAAGUAGUUUAGACUCUGGGAGGGGAACUUUUCAUAAAAAAACAGAAAAAUGUCGGAUAAAUCCUAUCUUACAGGAAGGGAAACAAUUGAGUCAUACUCAUUAUUUUCUUCUGGCACCACGGGAGGAAAAUCAACAACGGAAGCAGAAACCUAACACUGCUGAAAUAAAACCAUUUUCUGUUGACGGAACACAAAUAAAUGAUAACCACCGAAGUUCAACAGGUAGUGAAUAUCAAAAUGUUCCAAAUUUAAGUCUUCCUGGAAGUAGGUUGUCGUCUGCUAGUGAUGAUUUAUCUUGGAUGAAACCGGUAGAUAGUAAUAGAAAAUCAAGAAAAUCUUCAGCACCUUUGAACAUGCAAAAAUCUAGAAAAGUUCAAAAUGUUGAAUUCCUUUCUACGUCUCCAAGAGAGAAAGUUUUUUCCGUUAUGAACUCUGUCAUUGGGGUCACUGAUGAGGAGUGUCAUGCGGCAUUGUGCCAUGCAUCAUGGGAUACUGAAAGUGCAAUAAGAUUUUUAAAAACGGAACAGUUAUUUCGUCUAGGAAUAACACGUAGAGAAAAAUGUGAAAAACUUCUAGAUGCAUUAAACUGGAAUCUUGAACUUGCUAGUUCAGUAUUAUUAGAUGACGUUAAAUCCCCAUAUUCAAUGGAGUCACAAGUAUAGUUCAAUGGAUUUGAAUAUUGAUAUUACAUGUAUAAGCUUCACAAAAAGCUUGUCUGGCACCUUUAUUUAUUAUUAUAUAUGUUUUUACAUUCCCCCUCUUGAAACAUGAGAAAACCUUAAAUCUUUUUUUAGCUUGAAAUUUUAUAAAUUUGACAAAUAAAUCAUUAAGUUAUUGCAUAAACAAAUAUUUGUUUAGGUCUGGCAACCUUUUUUUAAAGCUAAUACUUUUUUAAAGACAGAAAAUAUUCUGUAAUAUUUGUGACUCAGACAUCAAUUGACCCCCUUAGUCAAGUCAAUAAAGUGUUUGAGAAUAAAUAAUUUUAUUAGAAAAUAAUUUAGUUCAGAUUCCUUCCCUUAAUGUGCGAUUAGAUUUAAACAGAAAAACUUGG